UUAAACCCAUAUGGAAAAUGUGAUAGAAAAUUUUUUUGGUUGCUAUCUUUUAUAUAAUAUAAAUAUCAAAUAUAAGGGUAAAGUUUACAUUGGCUUUACAAAUGAUCCAAAUAAGAGAAUUAUUCAACAUAAUAAAGGUAUAGAUUUUGGUGGAGCCAAAAAAACAAAUAAUAAAGGACCAUGGGAAAUGGUGCUAAUUGUAUUUGGAUUUCCAAAUAAAAUCUCUGCAUUAAAAUUUGAAUGGGCCUGGCAAAAUCCCUUGAAUUCUCGAGCUUUAAAAGUUCUUAACCUAGUUAAAAAUAAAAGAGAAAAACUUUAUGAUUAUAAUAUAAGAGUUUUUGGUCAUAUGUUAAAUCAACCUCCAUGGAAACGAUUACCCUUAAAUGUCUGCUGGCUUAAGGAAAAUUAUAAAGUUGAGUUUGAUUCAAACUCUGCCCCUCCAUUACAUAUACCCAUAAUUCAAGGUCCUGUGAUAUCAAAUAAACAAAAUUUUAAAGAUUCACUAAAUAUUUCAAGCCAUUCAGAUUUGGUUCUGUGCUUUUUAUGCAAACAAAAAAUUUCUAGUGAUAAUAAAGUUGAAUGUAUCAUACCUGAUUGUGAUUGUGUUAACCAUUUGACUUGCUUGUCAACAUAUUUUUUAAAAAAUAAUGAGAUUGAAAUAAUUCCUAUUGAAGGAAGUUGUCCUUCCUGUAAAACAUCAAUGCUUUGGGGUGAUUUGAUUCGCUUCAAAUUUGGUUAUCUCAGGAACAUAAAUUUUGAUAUAGAUGGACCUCUUAUUAAAUAAUUACUUAUAAUAUAUACAAUCAUUAGAUCUCAGUAUUGUAAUUUUUAUGUCAAUGCAAUUAAAUAUAAAUUAUUAUAUACCUGACAAAUUUGAAUAAAUAUUAUUUCAAUUGAUAUUAAAAAAAAUAUUCAAAAUUAACUAAUUAUA